AUGAGGCUUCCAACCAUUGCCGCUACCCUGGUCACGGCCCUGACCGCCGUUCCAUUCAGCCAAGCCGCCGCAGUUCUCUCGCGCCAAGACACCAAGCCACCUUACUUUCUCCUCACCGGCGACUCAACUGUUGCCGUGAACGGCGGUUGGGGAGAUGGAUUCCUCCGAUAUGUCCAGUCUCCGGCUGAUGGCAAGAACUAUGGCAAGAGCGGAGCGACGACGGUCUCAUUCAGAGCACAGGGCAUCUGGGAUACCGUGAUAGGGGAAGUUGAGGCGAACAAGGACGCCUUCAGCCCCAUCGUGACGAUUCAGUUCGGUCAUAACGACCAGAAAGAGGCGGCCGGCAUCUCCCAGGAGCAGUUCCAGGCAAAUCUUCAAACACUUGCCAACGAGGUGAAGGCCGCAGGUGGAACUCCGAUCUUGAUCACAUCUCUCACACGUCGGGUCUUCAGCGGCGGCAAGGUCAUCCAGAACCUCGAAAACGAGCGCGUCAGAGCCAUCGCGGCUGCUGAGGCCGUCGGAGCCACCUACCUUGACCUCAACACCGCCAGCACCAACUACGUCAAUGCUAUCGGCAACGCCAAUGGCAAGAAAUAUGACCUUUCCUCUGGCGAUUCAACCCAUCUCAACGUUGCCGGAGAGACCGUUUUUGGCCGUCUGGUUGCGGAUCUCCUUCUUGAAAAGCGCCUUGACCUUGCGCAAUACAUCAAGGAGAACCAGGCCCUUAGCGACAAGAUCAAAAACGGAGAGUUCGCAACGGGCGAUGAGUAG